AUGUUGCCAAAGCUCGAUCCAACAAACCCAAAAGCUUGCUUGUCACUUCUUGAGGAUGUGACCACUAACGCAAUGCAGGUCCAAGAUUCCGUUUUGGAAGCAAUACUCUCACGUAAUGCUCAAACCGAGUAUCUUAAAGGUUUGCUCAACGGUCAACUCGAUAAGCAAAGUUUCAAGAAGAACGUACCAGUUGUGACCUACGAAGAUUAUCGCCCUUAUAUAGAUCGUAUCGCUAAUGGCGAGCCCUAUGAUCUAAUCUGUGAUCGACCCUUCAUGGUUCUCUUGGCCAGCUCGGGUACUUCAUCAGGAGUUCCAAAGUUGAUUCCAUUGACAGCAGAGGAAUUUGAACAGAGGCUGUUGUUUUCAUAUCUCUAUGCACCUCUACCCUACAAGCACAUAGAAGGGCUUCGUGAAGGGAAAACUCUCAUGUUUUACUUCGCGGCUCGAGAAACCGAGACGGCAUCAAGCUUGAUGGUCAGGACUAUGGUAACUUGCGUUUUGAGAACCGUAAAUCAGUCUCAUUGGGAUCGAAUGCAGAUAAGCCCGCUUGCGAUUUCGACUUGUGAGGACAAUACUCAGGGCAUGUACUGCCAUUUGCUUUGUGGGCUUCUACAACGAGAAGACGUAGCUCGCCUUGCUGCACCUUUUGCUUCUUCUGUCCUCAGAGUAAUCAAGUACUUGGAAAAUCAUUGGAAUGAGUUAUGCUCCAACAUAAAGACUGGCCAGCUCAGCGACUGGAUCACGGACGCUCAAUGUGUUUCAGUGAUCAGUAAGCUCCUCACCGCUCCAAAUCCAGAACUAGCGAGCCUGAUCGAGCAAGAAUGCAAGAAAACAUCAUGGGAGGGAAUAGUGAAGAGACUCUGGCCAAAUGCGAAAUGCAUCGACACCAUUGUGACCGGCUCCAUGGCACAGUACGUUCCAGCGCUGGAAUUCUACGCCGGUGGUGUUCCCCUACUUUCAAUGUUUUACGGCAGCUCUGAAUGCUACAUUGAGUUUCAACGCCAAUCCUCUGUCCAAGCCUUGUGA